AUGAGCGUGAUUUUGAACGACCCUGCAAUCAUCCAUGCAGAACGGCCCGCUCCAGUGCUAGGAAGCACAAUUUCGGGUGAGGUCACUGUCCGUGCCGAUGACGGUGCCACGUACCGACGUAGCGUGUGCGCUAUCAUCAUGGACCAGCGCGGCUGCUUCCUAGGCUGCCGCCGGAGCGACGACCGGAAAGUUCUGCAGUGGGUCCAGGGCGGCGCGAAAGUGCACGAGACCGUCCAGCAGACAGCCGAGCGGGAGGUGUUCGAGGAGAUCGGCCUCCCCGCCUCAUAUCUGCACCUCAUAGGGGAGGUGCUGCCCGCUGUGGCGUGUAAUGAGCCGCGUGCCCCCUUCCGCUACAAAUCCAAGUCGUGGCGGAAGUUGGGGAUCGUGGGACAGGAGCUUUACCCUCUGUUGUACAUCGUUGACACAAGUGUGGUUGAGCUACUUCGCUUCAGGGCUGUUCAAGGCGAAAGGCGAGAAUUCUGCGGUGCCAAAUGGGUGGACCUGAAUGAGUUGAUCAAGUACUGCUCACCGUCGAAGCGAGAGGUGGUGACAAAUAUCUGCAGGGCCGUGGUGCCGCUGGCGCGCGGCGUGAUGGGCGCUGAUUCUGCCCCGGAAUUGGGGGAGGUGAUGGUC